UUAUCAGUUUAUGACCAGUCUUUGUUUGUUUUCAAUUGGUUUUACUUAAGUUUUCCUACAAAAUAAUGAGAAAUUUUAGUGAAGAAUACUUAAGAAUUACUCUGGACGCAUCUCUAAGUGUUCUGGAACAGUACAAAUGGCUUACCGAUAGCUACGUAUUGGAUUUUUUCGUGGAAAACCACUGGGAAAGGAUUCCUGCAUCGUGGCAAAACACUUUCACUUCUGGACAUUUUCACGUAAAAGAUAUGGCAUUAUUGCUCAACCAGGACGGUGAUUUCUGUAGGAAAUUCUCUUGUGUGCUUCCACUGUCAAUCCUGACUCUAAAAUAUCUAAUCCAAAGGCUUUCCAUAAGCAGAAAACAAGAGAAAAUUGGGAAUCUUCAUUUUCCAGGAUUGAUUGGUCAUCCUAAGUUCAGAAACCUUUUCGCCAAGAAUGUGAAGAUCAAGAAACGUCAUGAGAUAGAAAGAAUGAGCGCAAUAUGCUCAGAAACAGCAGAGAGAUGCGGAGUUGAGUAUCUUGUGGAUGUUGGGGGAGGAUUGGGGCACUUAUCUCGAGUACUGGCCUUUGGGCACGGGAAGAAGGUUUGUUGCGUGGAGAGACAAGAUUCCCUGAAUAUUCAGGCCAGAGUGUUGGAUGACCAGUUCUUGAGAUUCGCAAAGAAGUAUCUGCAAAGCGAAGAAUAUGAAGCGUUACAUUCGCCUACUCACCUUAAUCUCUCCAUUUCAGCAGAUCUCGAUGCGAAAUCUUUUGUAAAACAUCUUAAAGCUGAAGUAUUCGGAGUUACUGACAAAGGUGACUUCACUCUUGGAAUUGUGGGUCUGCAUCCAUGUGGAGAUCUGGGUCCUAUUCUGCUGAAUAUGUUCAGAGAAUGCUCGGAAGUAAAGUUCAUAGCUGUUGUCGGUUGUUGCUAUAUGAAAUUGACCGGGGAUGGUUAUCCCUUGAGUGAGCACCUGAGGAAGGUGAAGGUAAAAAGACCUGAACGAGUGAUUUUGAGCUACGAAGCCAGGGAAGUAGCUUGCCAUGCGAUGGAGAUGUACGAAGAGCGACUGUCGCAGGGAUUGUAUGACGAUCUGAAGAUUCACGCAUACAGAUCGGCGCUGGAGAGGAUAAUCGUGAAAAAGUGGCCAGACUUGAAGCACACUGGCCUGAAAAGCGUAAAAUACAGAGACUGCAGCUCUUUUCGGGAGUAUUGCAGGAAGGCAGUGGCCAAGUUGCAACUGAUUCUCCCAGAAGCUGGUCCCGAAGAGAUCAAAGACUGCAUGGAGUGGGAGAAAGUGGCGAUUUUCUACACCUUUCGUCUAAUGUUGGCGCCUCUUGUUGAGUCUGUCAUCCUCACCGACCGGAUGCUCUUCCUCCGAGAGAAUCUUCCACGGACUGUAACAUCCUCUUGCGAUACCGUUGCUGUGUUCGAUCCGCGCCUCUCGCCAAGAAAUCACAUCGUGAUAGCCACAAAAUAG